AUGGCCUCGUCCUUUCUCUUCGCCGCGGCGCGCCGCCUACUCAGCCUUGGCCGCCACGGAGGGCUCCUCCCCAUCCUGCCCUCUCGCGCCGUAGCCUCCUCGUAUUGCAGCAACAGCGCGAAGGAGGGAAAGCCGCCGGCGCGGCCGCCGAGCCUGCGGUACACUCUAUGCCCGCUGGGCAAACCAGGCACACUCCUUGUGCCGGAGAUUGAACUGUGGGCGGCGCGGCCCGGAAACCUACUCCGAGCCGUUGAUCUCCGACGCAUCGUCAAGGAGCUGCUCACGCGCCGCCGCCACCGCCACCGCCAGACCCUCGAGGUAUCUGAGUGGAUGAAUCUCAAGGGUCACGUCAAAUUUCUGCCAAAGGAUAAUGCUAUUCACCUGGAUUUAAUCGGUCAUAUUCAUGGAGUUGGAGCAGCAGAGACCUACUUCAAUAAACUAUCUGACAAAGAUAAGACAGAGAAGCCAUAUGCUGCACUUCUCAACUGCUACACACGAGAACCCUUGGUCGACAAAGCGUUGGCCCAUUUUCAGAAGAUGAAAGAGCUGGGUUUCGCGUUCUGCGCGCUCCCCUACAACAACAUCAUGAGCCUCUAUACCAACAUAGGGCAGCAUGAUAGGGUCCCUUCAGUGAUGGUAGAAAUGAAGAGCAAUGGGAUUGUUCCUGAUAAUUUCAGCUACAACAUAUGCAUAAAUUCUUAUAGCACAAGAGCUGACUUUUUUGGGAUGGAGAACACCCUGGAAGAGAUGGAAUGUGCGCCUCAAGUUGUUGGCUGGAAUACCUACGCUGUUGUUGCAAGCCACUACAUUAAGGGUGACCUGAGGGAGAAGGCAUACUCUGCCUUACAGAAAGCAGAGGCAAAAAUGGAUAAAAAGCAUUCGGGUGCCUAUAGCCACUUGAUUACCCUGUAUGGCCACCUUGGGGACAAAUCAGAGGUCAAGAGGCUAUGGGCACUGCAAAUGUUGAAUUAUAAGAGGCAUAUCAACAAGGAAUACAUGUGA